AUGGCCGAAUUUCUCAGACUUCGAGAAAUUGCAAAAGAGCAAGAAAGACUUCGAGAAGAAGAAGAAAAGAGACAAAUGGAAUCAUACUUGCGAGAUGUUGAUGAACGAUUACAACGAGCUAUUGAGAAACAAAGAGUUCUCAACGAGGAACGAGAAAGAAAUGCUGCACGACUUGGUCAGGACAUCUUGAGAAAGAAGAAGAAACAAGAAGUUCUCAACGAAGAACAAGAGCAAGAUUCAAAUUGUUCAAUCAUUUCAAGAAAAGAUUUUUGGACAUUAUAA